UGAAAGCAAAGCAAAGCAAACAAAACUAGAUACAGUUGCUUGCACGAUCUCUGAAAGCCAAGAAAGAAAAUCUCCCAACACCCAAAAAGGAGUGGUCUUUACUCUCAUUCACAUCGUCUAUUGUUUCGCUUUCUUUCUGGUUAAGCAGAGCCAUCAUCGCAGAAUUUAAAGGAUUAUCUGUUCUAAAUUUUGUACGAAAUAUCUUGCUUCUUUUUGAUGGCUGAUUCAAGUAUCAGUGUACCAAUGGCCCAAGAAUUAACAAAGCCAGAUGUGGGUAACUUGAGACGAAAUUCUACAGGAAAGAUACUAUCAUCAAACAGCGUAGAAAAAGUUCCUCAUUAUCUCAGGGCUUCCACUGGUUCCUGUCAUGAUUUUUGCAAGUAUGGGAGGAAAGAUGCAUUUGAAGAGAAGGAAAGAUGUCCGAUACGGGUUGCACCAAGAAGACUCUCAACUAUAUCAUUUGAUAGCCAUAACUCAGCAGACAGUGUGGUUUUGCCAGAGAGGAAGAAUAUAUCAGUAAUCAAGCUCAAUCAUUCACAUGAGUCCAAAACCUUCUUACCUGAUACAGGUACCAUCACCAAGCAGGCCAAGCAGCAAUUGCCAAAAAGGUCAGCUGACAGAAAAGAUGGUGUUGGGAGUGAGCUUCUUACUGAGAGGAAGAAGCUAUCAUUGGUAAAGUUCAAAACGUCAUCCGAUUCAAAACCUUCUUUAUCUUGUGUGCCCAAAACUGUGAAGCAAGAAGUUUCAUCAUCUCCUGAAAAGCUGAAAGUUUCUGCAAAGAAAGGUUGGACAAAACUUAAGGAGAAAGACUUGUCUACAAAACAUGUCACUUCUUCGAAGCCAAAAUCUUUAGCCACGAAGGAAUUGUCAUCUACUGAUACUUCAGGAGGUUCGAAGGGGAUAAGAAACAGUAAUUCAAAGGAAAGCCAGAGGACAGUCACCUCUCUGAAGCCAAACUCUUUGGCUGCAAACCAAAUUUCUUCUCUUGACUCUUCAGGAGGCUUAAAUGGCCUCAGGAAAAGUGAGGUGAAGAUGGGCAAGAAGGCAGGAACAUCCUUAGUCACUUUAAAGAAAGUAUUGGUGCCCCCAACAGGAUCAUUGUCCCCAAAACCUUCUCUCAGGAGAGUUGCAAGCUUAAAAGCACAGAACAGGAAUGUGAAAGUUACUCCUCUUAAGAAUCAGAACAAGAUUGGGAAAGUCAUAGCUAAGCAACUCGACAAUGAUAUGACUCCAGAGAAGACCUUGUAUGUCAUUAAGAUUGAGACUGAGAAUAAGCCUCUGGAAUCUGAUCAAGACAAAAAUUGUGAAGGUCCAUCACCACCUUCAUCGUCCCCAUCAUCGCCCAAGUCUGUGUCCCUCCCAAACAGCAUGCCACUUUCACCCCAUGACGGAGACAAAAAUUGUGAAGGUCCAUCACCACCUUCAUCGUCCCCAUCAUCGCCCAAGUCUGUGUCCCUCCCAAACAGCAUGCCACUUUCACCCCAUGACGGAGAAGAUCAAGAGUCUGAAUAUACAAUGACGGAAACUGAAGAGGACUCUUUCUCAGAAGACGGUGAAGUUGACAGUGAAGAAAAUGCAGAGACCCUAAAUGAGGAUUACAAAGGGAGGCCCAGAAAGUCUGGGAUCGUUUGUUCUGAAGAUGUGGAUAGCCAUCCUCUGAAGUUUAGGAGGGGAAAGGUGGUUGACAUGCAAUUCGAGAAUAAUAGACCAAGGAGGCUCAAAUUCAGGCGAGGAAAAGUGUUGGGAGAGAACGAAAACAUCAAGUCUGAUAACCAAAGGCGAAGAUAUAAGAAGAGAGAAGGUGUUGAUGGCGAUGCAAUUGGUACCGAUGCUGGUGCAGAAAAAGUUGUUUUGAGACAUCAAGAUGUUCAGGGGAAGAAAGAUGAGAAGGGGUUGUUUAACAACGUAAUUGAAGAAACUGCAAGUAAACUGGUUGAAACCCAGAAGAGUAAAGUCAAGGCCUUAGUUGGUGCUUUUGAAACAGUGAUCUCACUUCAAGAGCGCAAACCUUCUGCAAAUUCUGUUUCUUGAGAUGGGAGCAUAUGAUCAGGUAAUAAAGCCAAGCUUGUAAUGUGUGAAUUUGAGUUUACAAGCUUAUGGCACUGGAAAUAUGUGUAGGUAGAUUGCUUCAGUUGUCGUAGAUUUGAAUGGGAGUGUUGCGAGCACAGAUCAUACCAGAUAUAUAUAUGAUUGAUUUUUAGUUUCUUAUCUUUUGAAUGAAACAAUUAUACUCCUUAGUUCAUAU